CCCCCCAGUCAUGCCCAUGCUCAUGCUGUGUCUGCUGUGCGCCCUGGCGAUGGUGGCCCAGCCUGCCCCGGUGGCCCCCAUGAGCGGCUCGGAGCCGGCGCAGCAGGAAGAGCUGACCCUGCUCUUUCACGGGGCCCUGCAGCUGAGCCAGGCUCUCAACGGUGUGUACAGGGCCACCGAGGCACAGCUGACAGAGGCCGGGCGCAGCCUGAGCCUCUAUGGCCAGGCGCUGGGGCUCCUGGGGCAGGAGGUCAGCCAGGGCCAGGAUGCAGCCCAGGAGCUACGUGCGAGCCUACUGGAGAUGCAGAUGGCAGAGGAUGGUCUCAAGCUGCAGGCAGAAGCCACAGCCCAGGCGCUGGAGGAAGUGGCCCAAGGACAGCAGGUGCUGCGGAAGAAAAUGAAGCGGAUGGAAGUCCAGCUGAGAGGCGCUUGGCUGGGCCAUGCCCGCCAAGAAUUUGAGGCCUUAAAGGCCCAUGCAGACAAGCAGAGCCACAUCGUGUGGGCCCUCAUGGGCCACAUGCAGCGACAGAAGCAGGAGAUGACGGCACAGCAGCAGCGGCUGAGAGAUAUUCAGGAGAGGUGUGCCUGGUGGGGGGUUGGGCGUGCCAGGCAGCGGGAUGGGGAGCCCUGCUCCUUGGCUGAACCUCACCUCCCUCCCAGACUCCACACGGCGGCGCUCCCAGCCUGAGACCUGUCUGGGUGGAACUGAGGACCAGUCACGCACCGGGGGAUGCUGCCAUGCCCCACGCGGCCCCUGCACAGGGAGGAGCUGCCUGUCUGCUGAGGUCGGCCAGGGCGCUGGGCCCCAUUUCCGGCCAUGGAGCAGAGACGAAAGCAGGCAGGGACGCAGGCAGAGGACACGGACCGUCGAGGAGGGGUGGAGGAAGGACACGCCCCUUCAUUCCUAUCCAUCCCCCAUUAAAGCAGAGCAGUGGCAUCUCAGGCCAGUGUCUGUGAGUGUCGGGGAAAGGGCAUCUCCCUUUGCACGAUGCCUGAAUGCCCCUAUUCAAGUGCCCGGCUGCCCCA